ACUUAGGAAAUCAUAUAGAAUAACAAUGGGUACUCAAAAGAAAGAAAAGCAAAGAAGAGUGAGGCAGAAUGAUACCAGAGAUGGUAAUCUUCGAGUAAAGGGAGAGAAUUUCUACAGAGAUGCUAAGAAGGUGAAACAUUUACAGAUGUACAAGACCGGUAGAGCGGUCAGAAAUGCUAAGGGGGAGAUUAUUAAGGAAGCUGAUUUACAAAGUACUGAUGCUCCUACUGCUAGAGUUGAUCCAAACAGAAAAUGGUUUGGUAACACCAGGGUGAUUGGCCAAGAUGCAUUAACUCAUUUCAGAGAAGCAAUGGGAGAUAAAAAACAUAAUUCCUAUCAAGUUUUAUUAAGAAGAAAUAAGUUACCCAUGUCCUUGUUGGAUGAGAAGGACCAAGCUGACUCUCCAACAGCUAAGAUAUUAGAAACCGAAUCUUAUGAACAUGCUUUUGGUCCAAAACAACAACGUAAGAAACCAAGAAAUGUUAAUGCCUCUUCAUUGGAAGAAUUGGCCCAAAUAACGGAGCAGGAUUCUCAAAAAUAUGAUGAAAAACAAGAGUUGGAUUCCACCUUGGGAUUAAUGGGUGGUUCUUUCUUGGAUAAUGAUGAUUUUACUCAAGCUGCAAAAGAAGCUAUUUUCCAUAAAGGUCAAUCCAAACGUAUUUGGAAUGAAUUAUAUAAAGUCAUUGAUUCCUCUGAUGUCGUUAUUCAUGUGCUUGAUGCCAGAGAUCCUGAAGGAACUAGGUGUGCAUCUGUUGAAAAAUAUAUUAGGGAAGAAUGUCCUCAUAAACAUUUAAUCUACGUUUUAAACAAAUGUGAUUUAAUCCCAACUUGGGUAGCCGCUGCUUGGGUUAAACACUUAUCUAAAUCAUACCCAACUUUAGCAUUUCAUGCCUCUAUCACAAAUUCUUUCGGUAAAGGUUCUUUAAUCCAAUUGUUACGUCAAUUUUCAUCAUUGCAUUCAGACCGUAAACAAAUAUCGGUUGGUUUUAUUGGUUAUCCAAAUACUGGUAAAUCUUCAAUCAUUAAUACUUUACGUCGUAAGAAGGUUUGUACUGUUGCUCCAAUUCCUGGUGAAACCAAAGUUUGGCAAUAUAUUACCUUGAUGAAGAAAAUUUUCUUAAUUGAUUGUCCAGGUAUUGUACCUCCAAGUUCAAAAGAUUCCGAAUCUGAUAUUCUUUUCAGAGGUGUUGUUAGAGUUGAACAUGUUUCCAACCCUGAACAGUAUAUUGCCGAUAUGUUGACAAAAUGUGAACGUAAACAUUUGGAAAGAACUUACGAAGUUAAAGGCUGGAGUAGAUUUGAAGAAGAUCCUGAAUUAUUAGAAAAAGCCAGUCUUGAAUUUAUUGAAUUAAUUGCUAGAAGACAAGGUAGAUUAUUGAAAGGGGGAGAACCAGAUGAAUCCGGGGUAUCUAAACAGAUUUUAAAUGAUUUUAACAGAGGUAAAAUCCCUUGGUUUACUGCUCCUCCAAAAGAUGAAGAAGAAAGAACUGGUGAAGAUAAGAAGGCCGGUUAUAAAAGAAAGAGAGCUGAAAAAGCUGAACGUGAAAAUGCUAAGAAGCAAAAAAUCGAAGAUAAAAUAAAUGCUGAAUAUGCUAAAGAGGAAGAGGAAAUUAAUGGUCAAGUCGAUGAAAAUGAAAAGGAAGAUAAACAAGAUGAAAAUUAA